AUGUGGGAGUCCUUGGGGAGCAAGCCCGUGAGACGCAAGCCCAACACCAAAAUCAUGGCAACAUCUGGUGGGACUGGCCGCUCCCCCCUCAGCAUCCUGCUGGAUGAUAAUGCCCCCAGCUCUCCUGCCCCUCGCCAGGGUAAGAGGCAUGUGUUGGGGGAGAACCUGGGAGAGAAGAGGGAAGUAACAGCAGAUCUGAACAGGAGCCUCAAAUCUGGGAACUGUGCUUGGAGUGACUUGAACAAAGAGAACCAACGGUGUCCCUUUGUGGAGAACUAA